UUCACAGUCGCUCUCUAUUUCCUCCUUUUUUUUUUCUCACAAAUCAAAUUUAGGGUUUCGUGAUUUUCUCUCUCCUUUUCCUCAAAAAUGUCUGCUGAUGCCGAGUACAGAUGCUUCGUCGGAGGCCUUGCAUGGGCCACCGAUGACCAAGCUUUGGAGAGAGCUUUCUCUCAGUACGGCUCGAUCGUUGAUUCGAAGGUGAUUAACGACAGAGAAACCGGCAGAUCAAGAGGAUUUGGAUUUGUGACCUUCGAGAGCAAGGAAGCUCUAGACGCUGCAAUUGAAGGAAUGAACGGUCAGACACUCGACGACCGUACAAUCACCGUAAACGAGGCUCAGUCUCGCAGCGGCGGAGGAGGCGGCGGAGGUGGCUUCCGAUCCGGAGGUGGAGGAGGAUAUGGAGGAGGCGGCCGUCGUGAAGGCGGUUAUGGCGGAGGAGGCGGAGGAGGCUACGGAGGUGGCCGUCGCGAAGGUGGUGGUGGCGGUUACGGCGGCGGAGGAGGUCGUCGUGAAGGUGGUUACGGCGGUGGAGGCGGUGGAGGAGGUUACUCCCGUGGAGGUGACGGAGGAAGCUGGAGGAGUUAGAUUUACCGACCGUUGUUUAAAUGACCGUCGUUUAUUGUGUUUUGUUAACCGGCUUUUAAAAAUUAGGCUGGGUUUAAAGUUCUGGUUAUCGUUGAGUUUAGAUGUUAUGGUUUAAUUAAGGGUGUUCUAGAGGAUGAAUGAUAGGUGGGUUACUUUGUAGUGAGGAUGUUGCUGUUAGUUUGUAAUUAAAUCAAUAGUUUCAGCCUUGGAAGUAAUGAAGAAAAAACAGGAAAUGAAAUUUGAAUGCCGAAUAUUCUGUGUGUUGAAA